AUGCUGAAGCGUGAGGGGCGCGGAACGAAGGAAACUGUGGCGAAAAAAACAGCGCUCACGAUUGCGCGCCGCGGGCGACUGGCGGCGGUAGCGAGAGGGCCGAGAGGACGCGCCGGCGCCGCCGCCGUGCGCGCGGUGACAUCACGCGUUAUCAGCACACCUGUGCGAGUGUCGAGCCGUCCGGCGACACCGAGCGCACUGCUCCACCGUCCGCGCACCACCGACACUCGUGUUUACAAGCAAACCAGUUGCAACUAUAAACAAACCGAGCCGCCGCCGUGUUGUCAUUUCGGACGAGCUCAUGUUCACAAUCGCUUCCACGUAACGUCGGCGUUAGCGACGUCGACAGACGUAUCCAUUAAAGAACAGUGA